AAAAUGGCGGCUUGGCGGAAAGAGUUUGAAAAGGAUGCCAGAGCUCUAAUCAGAUCUGUCACGGGGUUCCAGGAAGGAGAUGAGCACUUCAGCACCUGUCUGGAAUUUGUCACAUCAAACUUCAGAUUUCAUAGAUAUCUGGAUGUGGACAGCCAUAAGGUUCAUAGGAUUAUAGAUGGCUUGUGUGACAAGUACAUAGUUCACUCCAAGGCAGACACUGCUGACAUACUGCAGAGUCUAGUGUUGAAGCUACUGGAUCUGCCCAUCACCCAGGAGAAACCAUGUAGUAAGAGUGACACCCACUACUCUGUGUUGUCCUUGCUGUUGUCUCUAUCUGAGACACCCACCAGUCUGGACUAUCAACAGCCAGUCUCAGCCCACCCACAAGAAGAACCAGAUUUAUUUGAUUGGCCUAGCUACUUGAUGGAGGGAAUAGACAUAGAUACAGGACCAUUUCCUGAAACACCACCCUGGUCUGAUGAUGAUGAUGAUGAUGAUGACAGUAGGACCAGUUCUGACGAUGACUCACCAGGUUCCCUGUCCAACAGUCAGCAGCUGGACACGGUCAGAAGGGACUUUGUGCAGUGCACAGACCAAAGCUGGUUGCCGAAAGCUGAUUGGUUGAAGAACAACGUUAUGGUGCAGUACUGGGGUGAACGACCUCAAACCAUGGAGCUGACAAACACUCAUCACGCUGCCAACCUCACUAACGUCUGGGAGCUGCAUCAGUACAGCAGUGAUCCGUUCUACAAACCUGCAGACAGGACAGGUCUGACUGAGACCCAGGCUGCCAGGGAGAGUGUGUGGGUGUUGGGGGGCUGUCAGCAGUCUUUUCUCUACAAGUACAGGGAGCAGAAACUCCUUCUCAUCAACAACAUCAAGGUGUCCCACAUCACUCCUGACGCCUUACAGAGUAUACUACAGAAGAUAGCCUGCUAUGGUAACAUCACACACGCCCUACAUCACAUGAUAGACAGUGUGAUCACACGAUCGUUCUGUGGUGAGACCAGUGCUCCAGUGAGCCGUACACACCAGGCCUUCACAUCAGCACUACUCACAUGUCUGCAAGACUUCAACAGGAACCUGGCUACUCUGGAGAGAAGACUGGUUUCACAAGAUGAGCUGGUUACCUUGUCCACCAUGAUGGAGACACUCCAACAGCAGUUUGAAGAAUUAGAGAUGAUGUAUGCAGUGUACCAGCUGGGUGUGGUCACUCCCUCCACAGACAAGACCACUGAUGUCCUGAAGGCCUCCAGACUGCUGUCAGUUCUGUACCAGAACAUUCUACACUUCAACACUCUGGGAGAUGCUGCAAACACAAAGCUACAGUUGUUGUUGCCCCUCUGGAUCCACACAUUACGUCCGUACUUAGAGAUGAUUGAUGGAUGGGUCAACAAAGGUAACCUCAUCGACCCUGCCAGGGAGUUCAUCAUACAGAGAAAUGGAGAUGUAGAUGUUUUACAUGAAGACUUCUGGGAGGCAGCGUUCCGUGUGUCCUGUACACCUGUACAGCAGGACAUGUCAGGUCCUGGAGGGUCCCUGAAGGAGGAUAACUUACCUGACAGGGAGACAGGCACAGAAGGAAGAGAGCAGCAUGAAGAAGAGUACAUCCCAGUGUUCCUGAAGUCAGUGUUUAAGGAGAUCAUUCUGGCAGGGAAGUCCAUGGAACUACUCAAGGCACUGGGCAAGAUGGGCGGGAGAGUCGAGUUCCCAGUGCCCCUGUAUGAAGAGUUUGUACAGUCCCUGAAGGUGUUUCUGGAUGUGACUGAUGAUGUAGACCACACAGGACCAGGACUGAGUCCCUCACCCCCAGUACACACAGACCUGGUGUCUAACACCAUGUUACACAGAGUACUGGACACAGCUGUGAAGGACAGCCUGCUACAGAAGAACUUUGUACAGGCCAUUGUGUUAAAGUCUGCAGAAACAGAGCUAGAUGGAGGAAGACCUGUAGUGCCUGUAGAAGGAGGCCAGCCUGUCCAGUUGGCCCUACAGAGGUGCCUGUAUCCUCACAUCUUACAGAGGUGCAACACUGUCAGCAGACUGCUGGUGGAACUCUUAAAAACAGAGUAUCAACUGGGAGACUACCUGCAGGCCAUGCAUAAUUUUUUCCUGAUGGAGGCUGGUGAUGCCAUGCACAACUUCUGCACACCUUUAUUUGCCCAGCUGAGUGGUGGUGAGGAGUGGCAGGAUGUUUCCAUGUUGAACUCCCAGCUGCACAGCGCUGUACAGCAGCAUUACAACCUGAGCAGCUCGGCUGUUCAGACUGUUCCUGAGGGACCAGCGGAGACAGAGGAUGUCCCUGCCAGACAGAAGGAACACAGGAUGCACCUCCUGAGACUGAGACUUCUACACUUCAUCAACGCUCUGCACAGCUACUUCAUGACCAGGAUCCUCUACACAACAACUCUGGAGUUCCAGAAGGAAUUAUCUGAGGCUUGUGACUUGAGUCGAGUGAUCGAGGCACACACAGCCUUCCUGACUAAGCUGUACCAGAGGUGCAUGUUACACAAGAAGGCCGGGUUGUUAAAGAUGGCUGUCAGGAGAAUGUUGAACAUGGCGGUGAGUUUCCAGACCCUGUGGGGCCGUGGUCUUCACAAUAUCAGCCUUGAAUCACUGGAAACAAUUGAAGAUGACUUCAAGAAAUGCAAUGAUUUCCUGGGAUCAUUCUUCAUCAACAUGUCCCGUAGAGGGUCCUUCCCACACAUGGAGUCCCUGGCCUUGUCUCUCAGGAUGGGGGGGACCUAGAAGGUCUGAUGUGUGUUAGGAUUACUGUUCAAGAGACAGACACAGUCGUCGUCUUUUUUCAACCAGCCUUCAUUUACAUUGUACAAGCCGUUUUGCUCUUCUUGAUUUGGGGAUGCGUAAAAAAAUAAGAGCAAGGUCUGUUGCUAUUACAUGUAUAUACAAGCCCCAGUUCUACAGUGCAAGCAUGUCUAACCCUCGGAUGAUGCGGAACAACAGACGA